AACAAUAUUAACCUAACCUCGUAAUUAAAUAGAAUACAUAAAACAAUACAGAAUACUAAUCCUAUGUGAUUUUUAUCAUAUUUUGUGUUAUUUUACCAAUUACAUAAACGCUUUUGUGCUUAUAUUGACUAGUUCAAAAUAGUAGAAGUUUUGUAAGUGUUAUACGUACCUAUUCUGUGUUCAGCGAAAGCAAUGUAAUAUUUUGUGAAAUGUUACUGUUUGUUUUAUUAGGACUAACAACGUCGAUUGUUGAUUGUUUGGAUAUGAAGCCAGUAGAACCAAACGCAAAUUGUUCAAAGUCCUUGGAUAAUUUAGCAAAUGCUUUAGCAAACUUUACUUUAUGCUCAGUGAAAAAUUCAAAACCAAUAAAAUUAUGUGAAAAAUGUGUUCACAGUUACUUAGAAAUCUUGGAAAGUUAUGAGGAUAUUGUUAAGUUAGCUGAUGGGGAUCAUAAGUGUAUAAGUAAUUAUGUUAAUUUAGAUAGACUACAAAUAGUAGAUACUUUUUACAGGAACAGUUAUAACCUGUGGAAUCAAGCUAAAUGUUAUGAAUGUUUUCAAAGCAUCAAUGGGAAUUUAACCGCCAAUUUAUCACUUGAAACUGUUCAUUUUAAUGAACUUUCAGACGAUUUCAAAAGAUGCAUUGGUGGGAAAGAUGUAAAUGAGACAAAUAUGUGUAACAUUUGUAUGGAUGUCUACACUAAUUUGGAUAGUUUUUAUAAAAGUAUAAGUAAUGAAAAUGAGAAAAUUGGAGUGUGCAUGGAUAUUGUAGAUAUGAUGAAUCAAACAAGGGGAUUCUGGAGUAAAAAUUGUUGUAAAUACAGGCAUCAUGUCGAAUUUAUUUUUGUAUUUUCUACAGCAGCAAUGAUCUUUACAAUGAUAAUAUUUUAUGUUUUGACUAAAAUUUGUACAGACAAAAGAAUGCCCACUGUGUUCAAACAGACUAGAUUUGCUAAUUAUCUACAGAGCUCCUCUUCGUUAAGUACUAGAAGAUAGUUUAAUUUAGACUAUGACAAAUAAUUUUAUCUA